AUGUUCAUACCUCGUUCACAAGAGCAUUUUCUAAGCGAGCCUCUCGAUCUGGUCCAGCUCACAGGGGGAGUGCGGUCUUCAGCGCGCCUGCGAGCCCGGAGUCGUGUGGCAGCCAGUGUGGCCUCUUCCCAGGACAUCGCUGGCUCCACAUCUGCCAAGACAGCAUGUCUGACUUCCUCAUCACACAAAGCCACAGACAGGCGAACCUCCAAGAAGUUCAAGUGUGACAAGGGAAAUCUUGUGAAGUCAGAAUUACAGAAACUGGUCCCUAAAAGUGAUAAUGCUUCUUUGCCAAAAGUCACCCCGGAGACCCCCUGUGAAAAUGAGUUUGCUGAAGAUGGUGCCUCGCCUCCGGGCAGUGGGGCGGGCGUUUCUGUGUCACGGGAGACCACGGCUCUUCCCCUUGGUUGCCGCAGAGUCAUGAGUGACGGUUGCUUAGCAAAGACUGAAGACGGCCUGUCCAUGCCGACAUGCGGGGCUGGUUCAGGAGCAGAAGACUCUAACGGCAGCUCCACCAGGCAGGACAAGUUGGCACGAGACGCAGAGGGAGUGCAGGCCCUGCCCCUCCAGAUGGACAACAGCGUCUUUCUGGACGAUGACAGCAAUCAGCCAAUGCCCGUGAGCCGGUUCUUUGGGAAUGUCGAGCUCAUGCAGGACCUGCCACCAGCAUCUUCGUCUUGCCCUUCGAUGAGCAGGCGCGAAUUCAGAAAAAUGCAUUUCAGAGCCAAAGAGGACGACGACGACGAUGAUGAUGACGCAGAGAUGUAGUGAAUCUACAAGGUGACUUCUGCUCAUAAUUAGUGCAGUUAACAAUUUGACAAUUAAGCACAUCUCAAGAUUUAUAUGAAAUAUAUCUCCAAGAGGAUGUGUUCUUACGCCGACUUGAGAACUGAUCCUAGGAGUCCCUAGAGAAGCGCCAGAUGCCUGUGGAAGGCGUGCUCGCGUGACCUGAGCAGCCGGGAGGUGGCAGAGUGCCAUCCUGUGCCAAUGUCUUCUGUCUAUGUAUGUGACGUACAUUGACGAUGCCUUGAGAGUGCGCAGGCUGCGGUCGAGAGCUUCAUGGCGGCAGCUCUGCACUUCAGCUCACCUGCUUUGCUGGCAUGCAGGCUUGCCUUCCACUCUCUACGUGCGAUCAUCCUUUUUACCCACUCAGUGCCGGUUCUUAAAGAACUUGCCUUUGUUUCUGUAUAUGAAGCUUAUGUUUACCUUGGAAAUAUUGCAAAAUAGCUAUGGGAGAGAAAUAAAAUAUAUUUUGAAAAUGUU